AUGACAGUGCUGGCGCCCGCCUGGAGCCCCACGACCUCGGUGCUGCUGCUGCUGCUGCUCGGCCCCGGCCUGCGCGGGACCCCCGGGAGCCCCGACUGCAGCUUCCCCCAGAGUCCCAUCACCUCCACCUUCACCUCGACCAUCCACAAGCUGAAUCCCUUCCUUCUCCAGAACCAGGACCUGACCCUCCCUGCGUCUCCCCUCCAGGACGAGCUGUGCGGGGCCCUCUGGCGGCUGGUCCUGGCCCAGCGCUGGAUGAUUCGCCUCAAGGCUGUGGCUGGGGCCAAGAUGUGGGACCUGCUGGAGGCUGUGGACACCGAAAUCCACUUUGUCACCUUGUGCACCUUCCAGCCCCUCCCCAGCUGCCUCCGCUUCGUCCAGACCAACAUCUCCCACCUCCUGCAGGACACCUCGCUGCAACUGGCUGCCCUGAAGCCCCAGAUAAAGAACAGGAAUUUCUCCCAGUGCCUGAAGCUGCUAUGUCAGCCGGACUCUCCCACCCUGGAGUCCCCACAAAGUCCCUGGGCCCUGGAAACCACAGCCCUGGGGGCCACGGCCCUGCCGACCCCCCAACGCCCCGUCUUGUUCCUCCUGCUGCUGCCCCUGGCCUCACUGCUGCUGGCUGCUACCUCAUGCCUACCUGGACCAGGAGGUGGCAGGGAGCGCCCUCCCCAGGGAGCAGGUGCUUCUGCUUCCAGUCCCCAGGAUGGGCUGUUCCUGCAGCUUGUGAAGUGUGGGCCCGGCCAGGACCUGGUCCUGAAUGGAGGCAACAACCAGAACGCAGCCUCGGCCCCAAGCCCUCCAGGAAAGCCUCUGUACAAAGCCCUUGUUCCUGGACUGUACAUACAUAAACCAGCCUUUUCUACCAGCUCUGGCCGGGCCUGUCUGUGGAGGAGUCAAGAUGGGUUCGUGUGGGUCUCCACGAGGGCGAUCGGCACCCGGAACCCCAACAUCUACGACACUAUAUUAGAGAAGAAGGACCGGGCUUGA